UGACACAUGUCACUCAAAACCAACACACAGUUAAUCUCAACAAACAUUUCUUUUAUCAAACUUAACAAAAACAAAUUACUCUACUAAUAUAGUACACCGAACACUGAACAUAGAAUUCAACGUUAACCGAACAACAAAACAGUUGGCGUAUACAAACGGUGACACGUGGCAGUUACCCACUAGUCUCAUCUCAUCCUUUUCUGUCUUUAGCUAAGGAAAAAUUCAUAAGAUGCUCCUAGAAUGUCUUCCUAAGAUUCCACGAUCUAAUACCAAAACCCCUCUCUUCUCUCGGCUCUUUGAUGAUGAGUAGUAAAAGAUAGGAGAGAAGAUAAGGAAGAAGCUAAAAAUGGCUGCUUUCUCUCUCCAAUCUCCUUCUUUCUCUCCAAACUGCAAUAAAUUCAGAACCCACCAACAUGGCCACCCAACAAGACCUCUGUCCCUAACCUUACCACGUUCUCGAGUUAUAUGUUCCUCAAUCAAUUCCAAGGACGAUACUCUUGGUGGCGAUAACUUCUCCAGUAAUUUUUGCAUCAUAGAAGGACCAGAGACAGUUCAGGAUUUUGUUCAAAUGCAAUUACAGGAAAUUCAGGAAAAUAUUAAGAGCCGGCGGAACAAGAUUUUUCUUCUUAUGGAAGAGGUGAGGAGAUUAAGAGUACAACAGCGGAUUAAGAGCAUCAAUGAAAUUGAUGAGGAAGACAUUGAAGAGGCAUAUGAGAUGCCUGAUAUUCCUUCCUCCAUUCCCUUUCUCCCUGAUGUGACACCAAAGACAUUGAAGCAGCUUUACUUGACCAGUUUAUCGUUUGUUUCUGGUAUAAUUGUGUUUGGAGGACUUAUUGCACCAACUUUAGAACUAAAACUAGGCUUAGGAGGCACCUCAUAUGAAGAUUUCAUUCGCAGUAUGCACUUACCUAUGCAAUUAAGUCAGGUUGAUCCGAUUGUAGCAUCCUUUUCUGGUGGGGCUGUGGGUGUCAUUUCAGCGCUGAUGUUAAUCGAAGCCAACAAUGUCGAACAGCAAGAGAAGAAAAGAUGCAAAUAUUGCAAUGGAACUGGAUACUUGGCCUGUGCUAGAUGUUCAGCAAGUGGUGUGUGUGUGAAAGUUGAGCCCAUAUUAACAUCUAACAUAUCUGACCGCCCUCUGCAAGUGCCGGCAACACAAAGGUGUUUAAAUUGCUCCGGUGCAGGAAAGGUUAUGUGCCCUACCUGUCUGUGCACUGGAAUGGUAAUGGCAAGUGAGCAUGAUCCCCGGAUUGACCCUUUUGACUAACUACUUACCAAUGUGAGCUUUUCUUUGUAGUGUUCACUUAUUUUUCUUCCUUAUGUUGAUUUAGUAGCUCUAUCAAUGUACAUUUUUAUGUUCCCUACUUCUCACUCCAAACAGACAUUGAAAAUUGAAUCUUGGAUGUAAAAGUAAAAGGCUGUUUCUUGGUUUA